UCAGCUGCGGGAUAGGCAGACCGUCGGAAGUUUUGUGGGAGAUGGGCUGGAAGUCCAGCACAGGCAGACCGAACACUGCUGCACAGGAGUUUCACAGCUGCUUAUAAGUGUGGUAAUGCUUAGUUUCAGAAAUGCCGUACGUAGAUCGUCAGAAUCGGAUCUGUGGCUUUCUAGACAUAGAGGAAAUGGAGAGCAGCGGCAAGUUUUUACGACGCUACUUCAUUCUGGACACCCUGGAGGGCAGCCUGGUGUGGUACAUGGAUAACCCUCAGAAUCUUCCAGAAGGAACAUCCUAUGUUGGCUCCCUCAAACUAACAUAUAUAUCCAAGGUUUGUAACAUCUCCAAAUUGUUUAAAAAUAAAUCUUUGUGUCUUCCCACAGUCAUCAACGCUGGAAUGAGGAAGUUUUACUUGCAGGCGAAUGAUAAGCAGGAUUUAGUGGAGUGGGUCAGUGCGCUCAACAACGCCACCAAAAUCACAGUGCCGAAGUCAGGUGAGCAGGUGGCCCAUAAUACAGCAGAAGCAUGUGUGGACACAUCGGGGGCCACGAAACAAGUGUCCUACAAGACUGAAAUCAUUGCAGGAGUGCCCAUCAUCACCACCACACAGGAAAAGGGGGAAGGUCAGAAUGGUGCAGACAAGAGCGGGAUGAGGAAAACUCCUGGUCAGCUGCCGUUUUACCUGAGCCGGAGUAACCAAGACCAGUCAGUCAUUAAAACUGGAUAUUGUGUCAAACAGGGAGCUGUGAUGAAAAACUGGAAAAGGAGAUACUUCUUGCUGGAUGACAAUGCACUAAGCUACUUCAAAUCAGACAUGGAGCGAGAGCCGUUACGAGUUGUUCCUCUGAAAGAAGUGAACAAGGUGCAGGAGUGUAAACAAAGUGACUUGAUGAUGAGGGACAAUCUUUUUGAACUGGUUACUACCUCAAGAACUUUCUACAUUCAGUCGGACAGCCCAGACGAGAUGCACGGCUGGAUCAAGGCUGUCUCUGGGGCCAUAGUGGCCCAACGGGGUCCUGGACGCUCAGCAGCCUCUAUGCGUCAGGCCCGCCGGCUCUCAAACCCUUGUAUACAGAGGUAUACAUCCUGCAGUGGUGAAUGCAGCACGAGCAUGCUGAACCCACCUCCAUCUUCUACUCCAACGAACAGAGUCUCUCAACUCCUUGCUCACCCCUCCCCACUGAACUCCAUUACCCAGAAUGCCGUUCCCCCUCGGGCCCUCAGCAUGGCGUGGGAGGGGCCAGACCUGAACAGCCUGCGCCUGGGGCCACGAGUGCGCCUGUCGCUGCAGGAGUCGCCCCAAAUCUUCUUCAAGUAAACGCUGACGACUCGUCACCAUGGCAAAUCAGAAGCGGCGUAACACAGCCUUCAGAUAUCCCACAAGAAGAAGACCUGCAUGU